GGCUCACAGCUUUGCAGGUUGCAACAGGGAGAAGGUAGUGCAUUGCUGCAGAAUUGAAGGAAGCUAUUGCCUACCAGGAGGAUCCCGUCCUGUUGUUCUUGCCCCUGCUAGGAGUCCAGCUGUUAGGCCCCCCUUUAAAAAAGGGGCCAAACUUUAAAGAGGGUGAAUUUAUUUGCCAAAAGUUCUCUGAAGUUUUGCAACUCGAGCUUUUAAGAAAGUCCUUGUUGCCUAAAACCCUCUAGAGCCUGGCUCAGAACCACUCUCGUUAAACAAACAAACAAACAAAAAAGGGGCAAAAGUUCUUUUUGUGGAGGGAGAAACAAAACUUCUUUGCAACCAUGGUGGUGUUCAAGAAGAUCAAGACCUUCGAGAUCGUCUUCAGCGAGCCCGACAAGGUCUUCUGCAGUGGAGAGAAAGUAGCCGGCCGUGUGCUGGUGGAAGUGACCGAAACCACCCGGGUUAGCUCAGUUAAAGUGCUGGCUUGUGGGGAGGCCAAAGUGGUCUGGAUCAAGGGACCCCAACAAUGCAAGCAGGAGAUGGAGUACCUGCGCUAUGAAGAUGUCCUCACCUUGGAUGAUCAUCCCACUGAUGAGGAUGGCUCUGUGAUCUUGAGACCUGGCAACAAAUAUGAAUACAAAUUUGGAUUUGAGCUUCCCCAGGGGCCUCUGGGGACCUCAUUCAAAGGGAAGUAUGGCUGUGUGGAUUACUGGGUUAAGGCUUUCUUGGAUCGCCCAUCCUGUCACACUCAGGAGAUAAAGCAGCACUUUGAGGUCAUGGAUCCCGUUGAUGUCAACACUCCAGACUUAAUGUCGCCAGUCGCUGCCAAGAAAGACAAGAAGGUUUCCUGCUUGUUCAUUCCUGAUGGGCAUGUGUCUGUCAGUGCCAGGAUUGACCGAAAAGGAUUCUGUGAAGGUGAUGAUAUCUCCAUAAAUGCAGACUUUGAGAACAUCUGCUCCCGGAUCGUGGUACCCAAAGCAGCCAUUGUUUCCAAGCAUACCUACUUGGCAAACGGGCAGACCAAGGUUUUGACCCAGAAACUUUCCUGCGUCCGAGGCAACCCCAUCAUCUCGGGCAUGUCUGAGAGCUGGCGGGGUAAAACUCUCCGGGUCAAGAAGAUCAAACCAUCCAUCCUGGGCUGCAAUAUCUUGCGUGUGGAGUACUUCUUGCAGAUCUAUGCCAGCGUCCCUGGCUCCAAGAAGAUCCUUCUGGAGCUGCCUCUCGUCAUCGGUAGCAGAUCUGGGUUUGCCAGCCGCAGCUCCAGCAUGGCUAGCCAGACUAGCUCUGAAAUGAGCUGGGUGGACCUCAACAUCCCUGAUGCUCCAGAAGCGCCUCCAUGCUACCUGGACAUCGUAUCUGAGGAUCACCGCCUGGAAAGCCCCACCACUCCCCUUCUGGAUGAUCUUGACAGUUCCUUCGACAGUCCUAUCUUCAUGUAUGCCCCAGAGUUCAAGUUCAUGCCUCCUCCCACUUACACAGAGGUUGAUCCCUGCAAUGCUAACAACAAUGUGCAGUGAGUGCCAAGAAGCAGCUGUUUGUUUUUCCUGGACUCACUUUGUAUCUGCAGUGAUUAUUACCUAAUCAGAGUUCAGAACGGGGUUUCAAACCCCUGAAUGCAGGAAGAAAACAUCCCAAGAAGUGUGGGGUAGGGUAGCUCCAACCGGGCUGAAAAAAUCACAGCCAGUACGGAAGAAGGCAGAUGUAAAGGUCUUUCUUCUAAGAUGUGCUGUGUGCACAGACUUGAUGUGGCGAGCGAAAUGCCAUGUUGGUCAGAGGCUAUCGGGCCUUGCCUGCACUCCAGAGCCCUUCAGAAUCUCCCUGGAAAAUAAGUAGUUGCUUGUGUAGAAACUGUAACGGGAGUACAUGGGGUGGAAAAGGUGUGUGCUCUAUGGAGAGCACUUAAGAGUUGAUUUGUUAGGGAGAGGCACAAAGCCAGCAGAUUCUGACUUAAAAAAAGGCUUCAAUGCCAGAAAAACGACCAUCACUGUGCCUUGAAUCUGUUGUUAUGCUGUACCGAUGAUCAGUUAUGUUUGAACACAUCUGUUCAUCAAUGUUUUUUUAGUGUCUGAAGAUUUCAAUGAAACCUGCUCGCUUAGGAUUGUAAACUUGUUGCUCUGUUACAAGGAUUCUUACUUGUGCUUGAGCUAGCCCUAUAAAAUAGCAAAGCUUUUUACAAUCCUCCGAUUGAGGAUUUCGGGUAUCGGUGGAAACACUUCUGUGUCUUGGCAAGAGGUAGAAGUAAAGAGAUCACUUCCCUCCAUUGCUAUUUGACAAUAUCCACCCACAGGCUUGUUAAGUGAGAACAUAACAGCCCUGUAGAAGGGGAAAAACUUAGUUAUUUAUGCAUGUCUGUCUUUUUUGUUCUAACAAGCAAAUGAAACAUUAUCCAGUCCAAAUGUCUCCAAAGCCAAGAGUUUUAUACAGCCAGUGCAAAGCAAUGUCAUAUAACUUGUUUUUAUUUCUUUGAUAGCAUUUAUUGUUUGACUUUGAGUUUUGUGAAUCUGCUAAACAAGUGUAAGCUAAACUCCAUGGUCCUGUUAAGAAUCACUAUCUCCGUCCUCUUUCGUUUUGAAUUUUUAUCUUCCUUUGUGCAGAUAAACUAGUGCACCCCCCCCCCCCCAAAAAAAAAAAAAACCCAACCCAGCCAUCACUACUACUUGGUUUAAUUGGCCUCAGCAGGUGCACAAAGGAAUCUGGCUGGGAUUGCACUUCAAGGACGGCCCAAGAAAUAACAAACCUCUCUAUGCCCAGGCAAACCCUGAGAAUUGUCUCAUGCUUUCCCUUGCCUGCAGAUCAAAGCACAAGUCUCAAACCCGCUGUCUGGCACCACUUGAAGAAGUUUUGGUCAAACUAUCUUGUGCAAUGUCCAGACACCUGGGGGAAAGGCACGUAGCCUAAAGCGAGGCUGCCACCAUAUAGGCAAACAUUAAACCAAAAAAAAC